UUGAUUCAUUGAAUGAUGAGCUUGUUUUGUCUUUAAACAACAGUUGUAUGCAUAUGGUAUCCAUUUUCGACACCACCAGUGGUCAAGAGAUAUUUGUCAGCUUUAUGCACUCUGAGGAAAUCUGAACCAUCAGCGUCUCACUCCUUUUUCCCACCCUGCAGGCCACAUUCAAGCCAUUUACAGAUCCUCCCCUCCUUUCUCUGUUUCAUGAUCAAAUGUGUUAUGUGCUAAAAUACGCUUCCUGAUUUAAUCAAGUCACAGGACAGACAGGAAUCUCACGGUCACUCCAGAGGAGAAAGAGAGAGCGAGAAAUGGCAGAGGUUUUCAGUCAGAGCAGUGGUGAGGCCCCUGAAUAUAAGCUGGUCCCUCUCAGGGGCUUCAAACUAAUAUCUGGAAUCCACUCUCCUGAGGUGGUGGAUCAAAUUCAGAACUUUGAGAUUCAAGACUCAGAUGUCUUUGUCAUUACUUACCCCAAAUCAGGCACUAUUUGGUUGCAGCAAAUCCUCAGUCUAAUAGAGGUCAAGGGAGAUGUUACAAGGACAAAUGAGCAACUGAAUUCUGAGCGAGUACCGUGGAUUGAACUUUUAGACUCUAGGAAACAGUUUGUUUCUGCCCCUUCCCCUAGGAUCUGUGUGUCUCAUCUGCCAUACAAGUUCAUGCCACUUGGACUGAAACAAAAGAAGGGCAAGGUCAUCUAUGUGGCCAGAAAUCCAAAGGAUGUUUUGGUGUCUUACUUCCACUUUCACAAAUAUGCAAAUAUGCUGGAGACCCCAAAAGACUUUGAUACAUUUUUUGAGAAAUUCAUGGAAGGAAAUGUUUUUGGUAAUUGCUGGUUUGAGCAUGUCAAGAGCUGGUGCUCCCACAAAGACGAGAUGAACUUCUUGUACAUUACAUAUGAGGAGAUGAUUAAGGACUUACGGUCAGUGGUUGAAAGGAUCACUUCAUUCUUGGCGAGGAACUUGACAUCACAGCAAUUGAAUGAUGUUGUUGAGCACAGUACCUUCAAAAAUAUGAAGAACAAUCCUCAGGCCAAUUACCAGCAGAUCCCUGUCAUCCUGCUGAACCACCAGCUGGGAUCAUUUCUGAGGAAAGGUAUAUAA